AUGGCGGCGCUGGGCGAGGAUCUGCUUGUCACUGUGAACAAGCUCCAGGAUCUGGUGUUCAAUACUAUUGGCAAUGAUUCCCUGGAUUUACCUCAAAUUGUCGUCGUCGGCUCCCAAUCCUCCGGCAAGUCCUCCGUACUGGAGAACAUCGUCGGGCGAGACUUUCUCCCUCGCGGCAGCGGUAUCGUCACUCGUCGUCCACUCAUCCUACAGUUGAUCAACAUCCCUAGCGAACGGGACGAUCUGCCGGACCAUGAUGAGGUUCACAUCCCCCAUACCCCAGCCAGCGUGGCCGGCCAACACGAAUGGGCCGAAUUCCACCAUUUGCCAGGUCGCAAGUUCGAAGACUUCGGAGCAGUCAAGCAGGAAAUUGAAGCAGAAACCGCUCGCAUUGCUGGAAGUAACAAGGGUAUCAAUCGCCAACCUAUCAACCUGAAGAUCUUCUCCCCUCAUGUCCUGAACCUCACCCUGGUCGAUCUGCCCGGUUUGACCAAAGUCCCCAUCGGAGACCAACCCUCCGAUAUUGAGAAGCAGACCCGCACUCUAAUUCUCGAAUACAUCGCCAAGCCCAACAGUAUUAUCCUCGCGGUUUCCCCCGCUAACGUGGAUCUGGUCAACUCGGAGGCCUUGAAACUGGCUCGCCAGGUGGACGCUAUGGGUCGAAGAACUAUUGGAGUGUUGUCGAAGUUGGAUCUCAUGGACCACGGUACCAAUGCCAUGGAUAUCUUGUCUGGCCGUGUAUACCCCCUUAAACUGGGUUUUAUCGGUGUGGUCAACCGCUCUCAACAGGAUAUCCAGUCCGGCAAGUCACUCUCGGAGGCUCUACGCGCUGAGUCGGACUUCUUCCGUCACCACCCGGCGUAUCGCAACAUGGCGAACCGAUGCGGUACACAGUUCCUGGCUAAGACUUUGAACUCGACUCUCAUGACACAUAUUCGGGACCGCUUGCCUGAUAUCAAGGCUCGGUUGAAUACGCUAAUGGGACAAACCCAGCAAGAGCUGGCUAGCUAUGGCAACAAGCAAUUCAGCGGCAAGGAGCACCGGGGCUCCUUGAUCCUGCAGCUGAUGACCCGCUUCGCUUCCUCUUUUAUCUCAUCCAUUGAUGGAACAUCCUCUGAAAUCUCCACUAAAGAACUCUGUGGUGGUGCGCGCAUCUACUACAUCUUCAAUGAAGUCUUCGGUAACUCCUUAGAGACCAUUGACCCGACUCACAACUUGACCGUGUCAGAUAUCAGGACGGCCAUCCGUAACUCCACUGGUCCACGACCAAGUCUCUUCGUGCCUGAACUUGCAUUCGACCUGCUGGUUAAGCCUCAGAUCAAGCUCCUGGAAUCACCCGCGCAGCGCUGUGUGGAGCUGGUCUACGAAGAACUUAUCAAAAUCUGCCACACCUGUGGCUCACAAGAGCUGCUGCGAUUCCCUCGUCUUCAGGGUAAGCUGAUCGAAGUAGUCUCCGAUCUUCUUCGUGAACGCUUGGGACCAUGUGCUGGUUACGUUGAAUCCUUGAUUUCCAUCCAAAGAGCUUACAUCAACACAAACCACCCUAACUUCCCUGGUGCCGCUGCUGCCAUGCAAUCCAUUAUCCAGAACCGACAAGAGGAGGAGCGCAAGGCCGUUAUGGCCGAGGAGAAGAGGAAACGUGAGAAGCGCCGAUUGAAGGAGCUCGGCGCGGCGAACGGUACCACUGGAAUUCCCGAAGAGGAGGAGUCUCAAUCACAAGCCCUGCCUGUGCGAAGCCACUCAGCCAAGGGCGCACGUAGCUUAUCACCGAAUGUGGGCCGCGCAGAGAAUGGCAUUGCUGCUACUCUGAACGGUGCGCAUGCGGGCCAACCGGCAGGAUUCGGUGGUUCGCAAACUCGCGAUUCGUUCUUGAACUAUUUCUUUGGUAAAGAAGGUGUUCAGAAUCAGAUUACACCGCCGCAGCAGGCGAUGAACCGUGCUGCCCAUGCUAGUGAGCCUAGUAUCAGUCAGAGUCUUCGUCGCGCCGAGGUGAGAUCUCCUCCCGCGGUGGAAGAGUAUACAGCACCAUCUGAAUAUGGAGGUGAUGUAACAGUUUUCCCUAAUGAAAAUGCCGAACCUACUCUCACUGAUCGAGAAAUGCUCGAGACUGAACUUAUUCGUCGCCUCAUUUCCUCAUACUUCCACAUCGUGCGUGAAACUAUCGCCGAUCAGGUCCCUAAAGCAAUUAUGCAUCUGCUUGUGAAUCACAGUAAGGACGUGGUUCAAAACCGAUUGGUUAGCGAGCUUUACAAGGAGGACUUGUUUGGGGAACUGUUGUACGAGGAUGAUGGCAUUAAGGCUGAGCGUGAGAAGUGUGAGCGUCUUCUUGAGACUUACAAGGAGGCUGCGAAGAUUGUGGGUGAAGUUUUAUAG